UCACAUUGCAGAAGCACACAUUUUCCUCCAUUCGGAAGGUUGGGCUUUACAUGCAGUUACCAUCCUGAAAGCAUGACGCCUGGACGGCGUAGUCCUUCAAAGCAUGGACCAGCUUCUCCUAAGGACAGGAAUAACAGUGUGCAGGUGGAGAAUGGACCCUGUGUUCGCAAAGAUAGCCCUCGACCUCUACGAGAACGGCGUAACGUGAACAUGUCAAACAUCAACGUAGGGGACCGAGACAUGGCAAAGGAGGAGACGAAGAGGUGCGACUUGCUCAUUUCGCUUAGUGACAUGUUUCAAACGCUCAUGCUCACAUCUGGUGCAUAGGGAUGAGGAAGAGAACAUGGGAGACGAGAUCAAAACCGAUUCACCAACCAUCAGUCCGAGGUCCAUGAAGGCCGACGACGGAGCUGCACUCCCUGGAAACGAACGGGUAGGGUUUUCAUGUUGUACAGAAAAGGGAUUCGGAUGCUUUAUAAUGUUGCUGUAUGUGUCAGGUCACUGUCGCACUGAGGAUCCGACCGUUUACUUCAGAAGAGUCGAAGGCGUAUGGGAGGAAGGUAUGGAUGAGUAGUUCAACAGCGUAAGCUUGCUGAGUUCUCAAGCUAACCCUUAUUCUCGUACAGGCGAUUGCUGUUUUCGGAAGCAGAGUAUUGGUAUGCGAAGACAUGAUUCCUGCCGAAAGUCCAAAAGGACGAGGGAAGCGAGACGUGGAAAGCCCUCGUGCAGCGAACCAUGAGUUUACUCUUCACUUCGUCCAAGAUGACAAUCUUACGCCUCCAACGGAUCCAGCUAUGGCUGACAACCUGCAAUCCCGACUUUUUGAAGUCCUGGGGUCCCCAUGUCUCAAAGCUGCUCUCGAAGGCUACAAUGCCACUGUAGGAAUAUGGGAACACUGCAGACGCUGUUUAAAGCAAACAGUCCAAUGAUGUUCUUGAGCUGUAAUGUGGUGGAGUUUUUUCAGGUCUUUGCUUAUGGUCAGACAGGGUCAGGAAAGACGUACACGAUGAUGGGAGACGGGACAUCAGCAGGAAGGGGAAUGGUAAUAUCUGCAUUUCCUUUCGCUAGGGCUUAAUUACUUGCCUUGACCACUCGUGUGUGAUUUUCAGGUUCCGCGCAUUGCAUCAGCUCUUCUGCAAAGGAUGUCCUACCUGUAUCAUGGCGAUCCAGAAUGUCACAUUCAAGUAGGCGGGUCUGGACUGUCGCUUUUGCUUGAUUUACUUCUUUCUACUAUCAGUUAAGAAUGGUUUUUCCAGGUAAGCUUUCUGGAGAUCUAUCAAGAGAAGAUAAGGGACCUUCUUACCAGCAAGCAUCCUGGACAUUCUGGGACGAGUGCAAGCGAGCCAUUUACCUCUCCUGCUCGCAGCCAGCAGCAGCUGCCUGUAGAGGAGUCUGCUAAUAAGGAGAGCGACAUGUCAGGUUUCCUGCAGUCGCAGGCUCAGCAUCUCAAGGAUCACAACGCCUCAUGUCCUCAACCGCCAAAGAAAGCCAAGCACUCCACAGAGAAUGCACCACCAUCACCAGCAUCUCCUAGGACUCCAGCAUCGCCUCGCUCACCAAGGUCGCCUCGGUCUCCAUCCAUUUCACCCAUCUCCUCACCAAAUGGUGGACAAGAGAAGCUCAAGAUUCGAGAACAUCCCAAAUUGGGUCCUUACGUCGUUGGUUUGACGCGACGCUUCGUGACAUCUUGGGAGGAGAUGAAGGAUGCUCUGACGGAAGGACAAUCCAACAGGACCUUCGGAGCUACUGAUAUGAAUCAGAAGUCCAGUCGAAGCCACACGGUUUUCACCAUGACAAUCACCCAGGUUUGUCACCCAGGUUUGGUGCAUGCUUGAUAUUAAUGUGAAACGUUUCUGACACUGUUCCGUUGCAGAAGGUGAAAGGGCAGGACGGCCUGGACAGCCAAAGGACGAGCCAGCUCAACAUGGUGGAUCUGGCUGGUAAGUUCGUCUUAGCGUAACUUUCAGCGACUGCUUGCAAGUUCACCUCUGACAAUAAGAUUCCAGGGAGCGAGCGACAGGCUCGCACACAUGCGAGCGGGCAGCGACUUAAGGAGUCAGGCUACAUCAACAGAUCCCUGUCUCUCUUGAACAAUGUAAGCUUUUAAACUGAUCUUUUUUUGCUUAAGCGGUAUGACAAGUCUUUCCUGUAUGCAGGUGAUAACACAACUCUCUCAAGGGAGUGACUUCGUGCCAUAUCGAAAUUCCGUUCUGACCUGGCUGCUCAAGGAAAGCCUUGGAGGAAACAGCAAGACAGUGAUGAUAGCGAACAUCUCACCUGCUUUCGAGGAUUUGAGAGAAACGCUAAGCACUUUGCGCUACGCGAAUCGUGCCAAGCGCAUUCAAAACAAGCCAACUAUUAACGAAGAUCCAAAGGACUUGACUAUUCGCUGUCUGAUGUCGGAAGUGAAAACUCUCCGCAAAAUGGUGGAAUCUUUGGCAUUGCGGGCCUCCUUUCACCCUUCUGUUCGGCUCCGAAGUGUGGGAGUUCAGGUGCCAGAAUCGCCACAGCAGAUGGAGUCAUGUUUGGCCAUUAAGCUUCCUCAGAAGCGUGACAGCUUUGCUUUUCGAGAGCCAUCCUCGGCACCACUUGCCCUUCCAUUCACGCCGCUGUUUCCUAAUCCAUUUCCAAAGCCGCAUGUGUUAACGAUUCCAGGCAGCCAGUCUGAACCUGUCAUGAAAAGAAGGUCAAGUGCGAUCGAGAGGGCGCUGUCAUUUGGCAUUACAUCUCAGGUGGUGCAAAAAAGUGCUGCAAGUGAGGAGAAUUCGAGGUCAAUGCUCGUCAGUGGAGAUACGGUUACACCACCGCUUCUCCUUAAGCAAGUCAACUCCACUGGCAGAACAGACAAUGAAAAGCCCUUCAUUUUUGGAGAGCUCCCUGCUGUCAAGUUAGCUGCUGCUGCUAAUGCUCCAAAUACCCUGACUGCACUGGAGUGUCAGACAGACUCUCUGAUAAAGAAGCUGACGAAUGUUCUGAAGAAGCCAGGCAUAAUGUCCAACUCUACCAAGUCGAUCAAUCCUGAGUCCACUAAGGCUUCAUAUCCAUACUUCGUCCAGCUGUCUCCAUCAGAUGACGACACUAGCUCCGACACUACUACAGGUGUUCAGCAUAUUCUUCAGCCAGGAGUAACAAAGGUUGGAUCCAGUAACGGAGCUGACAUUCUUGUUCCUGGCCUCUUGGAAGAGCAUUGUGAGGUCCUGCAUAUUCCUGGUCGACUGAACGGCAGUGGUCACAAGACAACCACCCGAGUCAGCAUCUUGAUCUAUGGAAAUGCUCUGGCAAGUGUUGAUGGAAGGCCACUCCAGCGUUACGCAGUAUUGGAGCAUGGCUGCAAGCUCAAGCUAGGUGGUGGCAAAGGUGCCAUCAUCUUUCAUUUCUUUGACCCAAGCAAAGAGGCACCUUAAAGUUACCGUAUUGGUUUGUGUGGAGGUCUGGUUUCAGAAGAUGAGAAGUUGGCAGGCAGUGAAGGGAAGGCUCCAGAAAUAAGCACGUACCUGUGCACGACCCAAGACUGAGGGAUUACAGACCUGUCGAUGGUAAUACAGCAAUAAGCACAAUCAGUGCAGAACUCAUGAUAACUUU